CCCUGGCGGUGCCGUGUCCGGCUGCCUUGGGCGCAGCCCCUGCCAUGGGAUGUGUGCUCCCUCACGCUGCGCCUGAAGUGCUCUUGUGCCUCUUAUCUCAUUUUUCUAAGAUUGCAUUGUGUGCUUUAACGUGCCCGAGAAUGCCAGGCUCGUGGUAGAAUUACUAAGUGUAUUCGAAUCCCAGAGUCCCCUGCAGCAAGAGAGAACUUUCAGCAAAAUCCCAGCAGCUGUUCUUGCCUCGGGCUGAGGAGUGGAUCAGAGUAGAGGGCGGGAUGUCGGAGCUGAGUGACGAAGCCAGCGAGUCGGAGCUGCUGAGCCGCAGCCUGUCCAUGUGGCACGGGGUCGGGAUGAUCUGUCGGGAAGAGCUGGAUGUCCCUCUGGACUUGCACACAGCCUCCUCUGUUGGGCAGUAUGAAGUGGUGCAGGAGUGUAUUCAGCGUGAAGACCUGGAUUUAAACCAGAGGAACCGUGGGGGCUGGACUCCACUGAUGUAUGCCUCCUACAUUGGCCAUGACAACAUCGUGCACCUGCUGCUGGAAGCAGGAGUGAACGUGAACAUCCCAACCCCGGAGGGCCAGACCCCGCUCAUGCUGGCCUCCAGUUGUGGGAACGAGAGUGUUGCUUACUUCCUUCUCCAGCAAGGUGCAGAGCUGGAGAUGAAGGACAUUCAUGGCUGGACUGCCUUGUUCCACUGCACCAGUGCUGGGCACCAGCAGAUGGUCAAGUUCUUACUGGAGAAUGGGGCAAACGCCAACUGCAAGGAGCCAGUGUAUGGAUAUACACCUCUGAUGGAAGCAGCUGCUUCUGGCCAUGAGAUAAUUGUUCAGUACCUUCUCAAUCAUGGAGUGAAGGCAGAUGUCAGAGAUAACACUGGAGCCACAGCACGGACACUGGCCAUGAAGUAUGGACAUCCAAAGAUUGUGGGACUGAUAGAUUUGCAUGCAGCCCCAGUGCCCAAGGUCUUCUGCAGGGGCCCAGGAAAAUAUGAAGAGCUGAGUUCCUCAGAUGAAUCAUGUUCUACUCCCCAGAGACAGAGACCUGCUCGUAGGAUGAAGGGUCCCAGCAUCCACGACGGGCCCCAGGCUUUGGCAAAGAUCACAGCAGUUGGGAUCGGGUGCAAGAAGCUGUCUUGCUAUGAGGAGGUCCCCCCUCAGGGCUAUGUCACCUUCAGUGACGAUGGCAGCUGUGAAGGAGGUGACAUCCGGAACCGGGACGUCACCUCUCCGAUCAACGAGCAGGAUGUGGAGAGCAGCAGCAGCCGGGAGGAUAAUGUUUUCUCCAACAACAACUUGGGAACCAUCAGGAGCAGCAGCAGCAGCAGCGAAUGCCUGACCAGAGCCCUGGGAGUCAGCAGUGAAGGCUCCUUGGAAAGCAAUGAGGACUCUGACCAUGCAAACAGUCCCCCAAGUCGGAAACAAGCCAAGAGCUUUAAGGUCAAGAACCGCUAUAGCAACAGUGACAGCCAGUGGAGCCACUGCUCAGGGAGGGCUGGGGGCUCUGCUCAGCACGUGGUCCUUCCUGAGCCCCCUGCCUACACAGGGCCCCAGGACCUGGCAACGUUCCUUGAGCAGAUUGGGUGCCUGAAGUAUCUGCAAGUGUUUGAGGAGCAAGACGUUGACCUGCGGAUCUUCCUGACCCUCACAGAGAGUGAUCUGAAGGAAAUAGGCAUCACGCUGUUUGGACCCAAGAGGAAGAUGACCUCUGCCAUCGCCCGGUGGCACAGCAGCGCUCGGCCGCCCAGCGAUGCCCUGGAACUGGCCUAUGCAGAUCGACUGGAGGCUGAGAUGCAGGAACUGGCCAUUCAGCUGCACAAGAGGUGUGAAGAGGUGGAGGUGAUGAAGGGCCAGGUGUGCCAGGAGCAGAAGCUGCGUGCAGUGGCUGAGAGCUGCUUGAUGGAGCGGGAUGAGACCUGGAAUGCCAUCCAGUGCCAGCUCAGAGAGGCUCAGGCCAUGACCAAGGAUGCUGGAGUCCUGCUGGAUCAGAUCAAGAGCUGUCAGGCAGAGCUGUCCUCCCGGCUCACCCCGGAGCGGGUGGGCAGCGCAGUGCCCGACACCGGAGAGAGUCGGCGGCCCGGGGAGCGCCCAGUGCUGGAAGGGUGGCCACCUUCCCUGAAGUCCCUGAGCUUGCCUGAGCUGUCAGCUGUGCUGGAGGAAUGUGUGGAAGAGAUGGGAAAAGCUCUGCAGACUGUGACUCAAAACCUCCAAAGGCUCCAAGCCCCGGGGCAGAGUGAGCCAAGCUGGCUAGAGCCGUAACAAAGCAGGAGGGAACACCGACGUCGGGUGACUGUUCCACCCGGAAGCUGAAGGAGCGCGGGAGCCGUGCCAGCGCCGCGGCUCUGCCGGGCACCACCACAGCCGGGGGGCCUGGCAGGAGGGCUCGGCCACCAGAGAACACACGUGGGAGGACAAGGGGCAGCAGAAGACGACAGCCAGCAGCAUUCUGGGCCUGAGUGCUGCCUGGGUUCCCAGGAUCCUUGUUCACGCCGGAAGGUUUGGGUUAGGAGGAGAAGCUCUGAGCUCAGAGAUUUUACCUGCCUUAAGAUUCCUGCAGCCCUUGUUGUUCAGGUCUGUGUGGUGUUAGAAAGUUGGCAGUUAUACACAGCAAUCAAUUAAUUAUCCUUUUAUGCAUCCCAACCUCCUCUCCAUCUCUGAAACGUGUCCUUGGCUCCUCCUGUGCCACGUGGAUUGGCACAGAGGAUGUAUCUGAGGCCAUAAGGAAGACAGGUUGUUGUGGAGGGGUGAAGUUUGUAAAGUUUGGCUCUUUGAGCUGCAGUGAAGCUCUGUUCCUAGUUGGAAUGUCUGCUCUACUGCCAUCCCAGAUCUGGGCUUCAAAACCUCUUCCUUCAGCCAGCCCACCCUGGUUCUCUUCAGAUUCUUGCCCUCAGGGGUUGUUUGUGAUCACAUGUUGUAGUUGGGAUGGAAUUCCCCAAUUUACUGCUCCCCCUGAAACAUUCCCAGCCAUGCUUAUUCCCUCCCCCUGUGGUGGGAUGGAGAAGAGAACUGGAGACACAAAGGGUACAGAUCGAGAGUUUAGAUAAGAACAAUUCACUGGGAACAGCAAUGAGAUAAGAAAACAAAUAGUAACAGCAACAAUAUUAACAACAGAGGGUACAAGAGAGGUGAACAAUUGUUACCCCCCUGACUAAAAGGCACCCCUUUCCCCCAGCCCCUCUGUGUGGCAGGAGGUAAUACAGAAUAACUUCCUGGUCCUGGUCAUGCCCCUCCUGGCUACUCUAAAAAUUAACCCUGUCCUGGUUAUUCCAUCCCCAAAAGAGCCUGUUUUUGUGGUGAAUGCUUUGUAGCUGCUUUGCAGCAAGAGGCUGUUGGUCUGGUUUGUCCGUGCCAAGAUCCCAGCACUGGCAGUGGCUGCAAGGCAGAUGUUCCCCUGGAAGUACAUGAGAGAGAAGGAAGAGCUCAGGACUGUUGAGCUUCCCAUGCCUUUGGCAAGCAGCAGAAUGCCAGGGCAGCAGAGCAGGAACUGAGGGAUGGCUCUGUCCCCCAUGGGAGAUGGGCACAAGAAACCACAUCCCAGAUGGAGCUGUGGUGCAAAGCUUUGGUCCUCAUCACUGCCUGCCUUUCAUUGGAAUAGUUCUGCCAGGGCAUUCUUGUGUGGGCAUUUUCAAAGAACAGUGCAGGAAGAGGUCCCUCCUCUGGGAGCUGAGAGUGGCCACAGGGGCUCUGGUGACAGGGACUUUGGUGUAAAAUGGUUUCCAGCAACUCUGUUCCCAUUUAUUACCGAGUCUUUUGAGGGGGGGAAAAACAACAAUGAAGACCUGAGGUCUGUGAGUGAUGGCCUUGAUGAGUUGAGAAAAGUGUCUUGGGGAAGAGGAUGAAACUUUGUUCCUCUGAUUUUUGGGUCUUGGUCCAAAAAUAAUGCCAAAAUACAAAAAUCCAUUCUGGCUCCAUUCUUUGAGCUGGUCACCCCUUCUGAUGAGCUGCCUGAGGAGUCCCCUUGGGCAGGGUUGGGAGCUGGUCUGCCUGUGUAACAGGGACAUCUGUUCUGACUGGGGGGUCUGUGCCUCCUGGGACAGCCUCGGGGCACCCACUGUCCCAAACCAGGCAGGUGUGGCCCUCUCUGCUGUGCCCCUGCCCCACUGGCAGCUCCUGUGUGCUGGGGGUGCUGCUUUCUGCUCACAUUUAACUCUUAAACUCACGACAACACACUAUUCUUUCAUUUUUAGCAAAUGCCACAGUGCACGUGGCACCCAGUGCCAGCUGCAGGACAAGGCUGCAGGAGCUUCAUCCUGAAGAGUUUUGAUGAGGUGGAGCUAAUUCUCCUAAGGCAGCAUCCCUGGAAAUUCCUCAGAAUUUCUGGAGGUUGUGCUGGGAAGAGUAUUCUGUGCUUUGUCUCUCAUUCCCUGUCAGUGGACGAAUGGGGCCUCCCUAGCCUUGGCAGUGCCUCUAGCUGCAUUAUGCAGGUUUAUCAAUGCUGUGUCCCUUGAAUUUAAGGCAAAACCACCUCAAAAAAACUCAGGGAAAGGGCCUGGGAGCACCUGGGGAGCGAGGGAAGCUCUGGCUCAGCAGUGCCUUCAGAACUGGGUGGGCUUUGCAGGACAUGGCUGGAAGGAGACUAAACAGAUUUAGGUUUGGCUUUGCUCAGUCUUAGAGUGGAAAAUAUGGGGUUGGAGGGGUUAAGAUGGUACAUCCAACAGAUUGUAGUGCUUGGGAGCCUGGGAAAAGGGGAAAGAUGGGGCAGUGUGUGAGUGAAGGAAAAGGAGAGGCCCCAGAAAAGGUGCUGCAGGAGCCCAGGUGUAAAGGCUUCAAGGGGUGUGAAAUCAGACAAGGGGAUGCUGGGGUGGGAAUUUUCUAGAACAGUGUUUCCCUGAGGAAGCAAUUCCUUAAAGAGGAUGUUAACCAGCAUUUCUUGCUGCCAGGGUGGCUGUGCAGGCACCAGGGAGCCUGGUGCUACCCUAAGGCAAGCUGUCUGGGGAAAAUAGUAAUUGCUAACUUGGGAUAAAAGAAUAAAAACUGAGAACCU